AUGGCCUCUCUGUUGCGGCAGAUCGUCGCAGGCCCUAGAGCCAAACACGCCGAGACGGGUUUGGACCUCUGCUACGUGACUGACGACAUCAUUGUAACAUCUGGGCCGAGCCAGACAUAUCCCCAACGAGCCUACCGCAACCCCCUCGACCGCCUCGUCGCCUUUCUCGAUGCCAAACAUCCAGACAACUGGGCAAUAUGGGAGUUCCGCGCCGAAGGGACGGGAUACCCUGAUGAGGCAGUCUACGGUCGAAUCCGUCACUACCCCUGGCCUGAUCACCAUCCGCCGCCGUUCAGGAUGGUGCCAAUGAUCAUGGCGAGUAUGAGGAGCUGGUUGCACGAGGAGGAUCUUGCAUCAUCUGAUACCAAGCAGGGUGGAAAGGAUGACAAGGGCAAAGAGGUGGGGAAAAGCACUGGCAAAGGCAAAAGGGUCGUUGUCGUGCACUGCAAAGCCGGCAAGGGGAGGUCGGGCAGCAUGACCUGCUCGUACCUGAUAUCCGAGUGCGGCUGGAAGGCAGAGGACGCACUGGCGCGCUUCACCGAGAGACGAAUGCGGCCAACAUUUGGCGCCGGCGUGUCGAUACCGUCCCAGCUCCGGUGGAUCAGCUAUGCUGACCGGUGGACAAAGGGCGGCAAGAAGUACGUCGACAGGGAGGUCGAGAUUCUGGAAGUACAUGUCUGGGGUCUUCGCCAUGGAGUCAAGGUUAAUGUCGAAGGCUUCGCGGACGAAGGCAAGAAGAUCAAGGUGCUGCACACGUUCAAGAAAGAGGAGCGCUUUGUGGUACAGGGCGACGCCCCGGGUGGAGGCGGAAUGAUGGACCUUUUGGGAGAUGCGUUCAGUCCUGUCAACGAGGACGACGAGAAGAUCUACGAAGAGGCUGACUACAACGAGAUCGUCGGAGGCGAUGGCGAUAAGAAGGGCACCGACUCUGCUAGCAGCAACAACGCCAGCAAGGAUUCCUCGCCGUCGCGAAGCAAAUCUAAGAAAGGCUCACGGAAAAGUCAGCUGCUCUCCGGCAGUCCCGCUCGCAACUCCAGCGUGAAGAAGAUAAGCGCCAAUGCUAAGAGCAAGACCAUCAAUCCUGCUGACUUUGCCAACGCUUCAGGCACUUCCUCUCCUUCCGGCUCCAGCCUUAACGUCCCCAACAACAACGCAUCACAGCCAUCUCUGUCUCACGCAGCCACAUUUGCCGAUACCAACGAGCCCGGAGGCAUGGCUGUCAUUUUCAAGCCCACGUCCCCGGUCCGCAUCUCCAACUCGGACGUGAACAUCUCUCUCGAGCGGCGUAACCGCGCCCCCGCGUCGCUGGGGCUGACGAUGGUCACGGCGGUGGCGCACGUGUGGUUCAACGUCUUCUUCGAGGGCGGCGGGCCAGAAAAGGACGGCCGGGCCGACGAGUCGGGCGUGUUUGCUAUAGACUGGGACAAGAUGGACGGCAUCAAGGGCUCGAGCCGGAAGGGCACCAGGGCAGCGGACCGCAUCAGUGUGGUCUGGAGGGUCGUCGGCACCAGUGGGCCCCUUCUGGAAGUCAAGGAGCCAGGCGAGGGAAGCCCUGUGCCGGAGAUGAGGCCUGCAGACUGGAAGGGCGCGCAAGGCGAAGACCCUGGUGCGGACCGGAAACUGGGUUUGAGGGCCGAGACCUCGGCGAGUGCGUCUGUUAGUAAGGCCAGCAGUGUGAAGAGCACGGAGGGUGAAGGCAGCAAGGGAACCGCUGGGAAUGGCAAGGAUAGUGACGAGGAGUCGCUGAGUGCUGUGAAGAGUAGUGAUCCAUCAGGCCAAGAGCUGAAGGACAGCGACUCGGCGAAGCUGCCCCCAACCCAGGCGAAGCCUCAGGAGAGCUCUGGCAACGCUUCCAGUGCAGAAGAGCUUUCGGAGCACGAAAAGAAGGUAGAGGCAACGAGAGGUCGCACGGCCAACCCUGACGAGGCCAGUGGGGCAUCAGCGUCGGAGGAGCAGCUGCUUGAGGCUGCAUAUGCGCCUGUCCGGGAAGCCAGGGCCGGCAAGGCCAGUGAGUCUGCCAUCCUGCAGAAGCAGGCUGAGGAGGAGGCUUCAAGCGCUAAUCCGCCUGAACAGCACCAGGAGAAAGAAGGUGACGACGACAACGGCCACGAUGGUGGUGAGCGCAAGCUCGGCUUCUUCAGGGCAGGGAAGAAGCUGUUACCACUGCACCCGAAGAAAGCUGACAAGGAUGGUCAGGACCCUAGGCUAAUGAACCAGCAGCAUUAUGCGUAUACGCGGACGGAGUCUUGUACGAGCAACAGCGUGCUUAACAUAAACGUACGCGUCACCUCUGUAGGCAUCUCCGACGAUAGCAGCGUUGGAGUCGUCCAGCUGCUCGACCAUUGGCCUUCGUCCUCGAGACGAGACCCCAAAGACCUGACGACGACGACCAUGUUCCUCCACCAGCUUCUUCCGGCUCUGCAAGAGCGCCUGGCCACGCACCCUAUCCAGACGACCUUGGCCGCGUUCAUCCUCACACUCAUCUCCUACGUCGUAAUUAAUGAGGUUGUCCGCUACCAGGCUCGUGUCCCUGGGAUGGCGGGCCCCCCCGGGCUGCCGCUCAUCGGAAAUUUAUGGUCGAUCCGCUCUAAUGCCUCGGCACAGUACCGCGAGUGGUCCCGGAAGUACGGCGAUGUGUACCAGGUGCAGAUGGGGAAUGUGCCUGUAGUAGUUGUCAACAGUGCCAAGGCGACCAAGUACCUGUGGGUGGGACAGAGCCAGGCGCUGAGCUCGAGGCCUGUCACUUAUACGUUUCACAAGGUGGCAUCCAGCACUGCCGGCCUGACUAUCGGCACAUCGCCUUAUGAUGACUCCCUCAAACGCCGCAAGAAGGGCGUCGCUGUGGCAGUCAACAGGCCCGCCAUCGCCAGCUACGUGCCAUACCUGGACAUCGAGUCGCGGACCUUUGUGCGAGACCUGCUCGAGUACGGGAAGGCCGGCUCGAAACCCAUUGACCCCUUGCCCUUCAUUCAACGGCUAUCCCUAAGCCUCGCGGUGACCAUCAACUGGGGCGUGCGCAUUCCCAGCGUCGAGGACCCGAUGUUCAGCGAGAUCGUCGCGGUAGAGGAGGAGCUGAACCGCUUCCGCAGCACGACGGGCAACCUGCAGGACUACAUCCCGCUGCUGCGGCUCAACCCGAUCAACGCGACGAGCGCCAAGGCGCGCGAGAUGCGCGACCGGCGCGACGCGUACCUGCACCGCUUCAACAGCGACCUCAAGGCCAAGGUCGACAAGGGCACCAACAAGCCCUGCAUCCAGGCCAACGUCAUCAAGUACAAGGAGGCCGCCCUCACCGAGGUCGAGCUCACCUCCAUCAGCCUCAGCAUGCUCGGCGGCGGCUUCGAGACCGUCAGCACCACCGUCCAGUGGAGCAUGGGCUACUUUGCGCAGCACCCGGAGAUCCAGGACAGGGCCUUUGCGGCCAUCAGGGACUUCCAGGGCCUCGCGGGCGAGAAGGGCGAGGAUGUUGACCCGCUGCCUGAUGCGGCGGACGAGCAGAAGUGUGCGUAUAUCAAUGCGCUGUCGCGGGAGGCGCUGCGAUAUUUCACUGUUAUCCCGCUUAACUUGCCGCGGGAGAGCAUUCGGGAUGUCGAGUAUGAGGGCAUGAGGAUACCGAAGGGAACAACGGUUUAUAUGAACGCUUGGGCAUGUAACUACGACAACGACCUCUGGGAAGACCCAGACGUUUUUCGGCCAGAACGCUGGCUCGAGAAGCCCGACGCGCCGCUCUUCACCUUCGGCCUGGGCUAUCGGAUGUGUGCAGGCCACCUCCUGGCUGCGAGAGAGGUAUACCUGAUCUUCAUGCGGCUGCUGGCCAGCUUCCGGCUCGAACAGCCGCCCGGCGUGGCCGCCGCGGAAGUUGACCCAGCCCGCGGGUUUAAGAACCCGCGGGACCUGAUCAUGGCGCCGCACAAUUACGAGGUUCUCUGUGUGCCGAGGAAUGAGGCGAGACUUGAGAAAUUGCUGGCGGAGGCUGAGGCGCAGGUUGGGGAGAAGGAGUGA